AUGGUGAUGACAGAUGUGCCCAAAAGCAUGCCACGUCACCUGGAAGAAAAAACACAGUGGGAACAUCCUAAGUCUGGGAAGAGGAAACGUGUUGCUGGAGGUCUGCCAUAUGGAUGGGAGCAGGAGACUGAUGAAAGUGGACAGGUCUAUUUCGUAGACCACAUAAACAAAAGAACUACCUAUCUGGAUCCAAGAUUGGCCUUUACAGUUGAAGAUAAUCCAGUAAAGCCACCUACUAGACAAAAAUAUGAUGGAAACAGUACUGCAAUGGAAAUACUUCAGGGUCGUGACUUGAGUGGAAAAGUGAUUAUAAUCACAGGAGCAAAUUCAGGAAUAGGUAGGUUACCAUUACAUAUACAGUAAAAUGUGACAAUCUUU